CGGUUCUACUCGAAGGACUUUGUUUAUGCGCGCUAUGUAGUGCACUAUGAAUACCAGAGAAAGCUAUUUGGGAUGUACCCAUGAUCUGCCCUCAGGAGACGCUGCAUUAAAAGCAGACACCUGUCUGUAGUGGAAAUCACUGUAUGGGCUCAGGAACACUUCAGAAAACCAUCGUCUGUGAAAACAGUUCAUUACUGCAUCCACAAAUGCAAGUUAAAACCAGAUUGUGGCAGUGGGGGCGUGGUCAAGUGCCGGUCUGUGACAGGAGGGCGGAGCCAGGGAAGGUGAGUGGCAGAAUCGCUACACCUGACGAUAGUUAACCUGUGUUUUCCCAGUAACCGCUCCCUAUUUAAGGAGGCAGAGGGAGAGCAGAGGGAGCGCAACCCGGGACCAGAAGCAGAGUGUGUGUGUGUGUGUGUGUAUGUGGGCUUAUGCCGCAUUUAAAACUGAAAAGUUGUUUAAUAAAUAGCCUUCUCUGCCUCUAAGCGUUGUCCUGCCGUCCUCUGUGCUCCACCCACACCUUGCAAGCGCUACAGUGGUGCCGGAACCCGGGAUUUGGUGGAGCACCAACUUUGCAGCCCCAUGGAAUCCUCCCUGUUCGCGGACUUGGUCCACGCCCUCGCCACGGCUCAGCAGAGCCAGCACCAGGCACUCGUCACGCUCCGAAAGGAGCAGGAGCGACGCUUCGAAGCCCUGGUGCUGGCCCAGCAGGAAGAUCGAGAGGCGUUCUGGCAUCUCCUCGCGUCGGCGGGGUCCGCCAGCGCCCCGGCCGUGGGCCCGUCUCCCCUCACCAUGACCAAGAUGGGCCCGCAGGACGACCCCGAGGCGUUUAUCACCUUGUUCGAGCAGGUCGCCGAAGCCUCGGGGUGGCCGAUGGAGCAGCGCGCGGCGCGCCUCCUCCCCCUCCUAUCGGGAGAGGCGCAGCUGGCUGCACCACAGCUCCCCGCCGACCGCCGGCUGGCCUACGCCGACCUUCGCCGGGCCGUCCUCCAGCGCGUGGGGUGCACGCCCGAACAACAGCGCCAGCGCUUCCGCGUGCUGCGGAUGGAGGAAGUCGGCCGGCCAUUCGCGUUCGGCCAGCAGCUCCGGGACGCCUGCUGGCGGUGGCUGAGGGCCGACGAUCGCGACGCUGAGGGAAUCAUCGAUCAGGUGGUGCUGGAGCAAUUCAUCGCCCGCUUACCAGCCGGAACCGCGGAGUGGGUCCAGUGCCACCGCCCGGUGUCGCUGGAUCAGGCCGUAGGACUGGCGGAGGAUCAUUUGGCGGCUGUUCCGGCGGUAGGACGGCCGACGACGCCGUCUCUUCUCUCCUCUUCUCUCUCUCUUUCUCCCCCCCCUUCUGUGUCCCAUCCUCACCCCAUUCCCCCACCACGGAGGCGUGGUGCCCUCCCGUUUCUCCCUUCUGUGUCUGUCUCUCCCCCCCCUCAGGUGAGUGAGCCCCAGAACACAGCUGCAGAGGGAAGGCCCGGGCCGGUUUGCUGGCGCUGCGGGGAACCGGGCCACCUGCAGCAACAGUGCGCAGCUAUGGAGGUGGGGGCGGUGGUGCGGAUCCCCGACGCUCCAGAAGCUGCCCUCGAUCGGGCCGGAGCGUAUCGCAUACCGGUGAGUGUACAAGGGGCUACAUAUCAGGCGUUGGUGGAUUCGGGUUGCAAUCAGACCUCGAUCCGCCAAAGCCUGGUGCAAGACGAGGCAUUGGGGGAAGCACAGGGGGUGAAGGUGUUGUGUGUGCACGGGGAUGUUCACAGAUACCCGUUGGUGUCGGUCCACAUAUAUUUCAGAGGGGAAAAAUCUAUAGUGAAGGCGGCGGUUAAUCCUCGCCUUACCCACUCUUUAAUUUUGGGGACUGAUUGGCCGGGAUUUCAGGGUUUAAUGGCACGCCUAGUAAAGAGUGGGUCCUGCCGGUUGACAGGGGAAGGUCCUGGUGUCGCUUUGGCUGGAGCUGUGGUCGCAGAGCCGUCUACGUCAUCUCCGCGACAGAGUGAGGAGCCACCGGCUCCUCCUCUUUCUAUUGGGGAAUCCCUCGCGGAUUUCCCACUAGAACAAUCGCGAGACGAGACUCUGCGACACGCGUUUGACCAAGUGAGAGUAAUCGAUGGUCAAAUGCUCCAGCCGAACGCCACCCCGUCCUUCCCCUAUUUUUCCAUUUUGAAGGAUAGAUUAUACCGAGUGAUGCAAGACACUCAGACGAAAGAGCGAGUCACCCAGUUAUUAAUUCCAAAGAGCCGCCGGGAAUUGGUAUUCCAGGCGGCUCACUUUAAUCCCAUGGCUGGACACCUCGGGCAGGAUAAGACACUAGCCCAGAUAAUGGCCCGAUUCUAUUGGCCGGGGAUUCGCGGCGACGUCCGUAAGUGGUGUACGGCGUGCCGCGAAUGCCAGUUAGUAAAUCCGGCGGCCAUUCCAAAAGCGCCCUUGCGCCCCCUACCAUUAAUCGAGACCCCGUUCGAAAGAAUUGGGAUGGAUCUCGUCGGGCCAUUAAAUCGGUCAACACGAGGGUACCGCUUUAUAUUGGUUCUGGUGGACUAUGCAACGCGAUACCCGGAAGCGGUGCCUCUUUGCAAUAUCUCAGCACGCAGUAUUGCAGAGGCCCUCUUCCACGUCAUCUCCCGGCUUGGAAUCCCGAAAGAGAUUCUGACUGACCAAGGCACCUCGUUUAUGUCACGAACACUGAGCGAACUGUAUGGGCUACUGGGUAUUAAGCCGAUCCGCACCAGCGUUUAUCACCCACAGACGGACGGUUUAGUUGAACGGUUCAAUCGCACCCUCAAAAAUAUUAUCAAAAAAUUCGUAAGUGAGGACGCACGUAACUGGGAUAAGUGGCUCGAACCCUUAUUUGCAGUGCGAGAGGUCCCCCAAGCCUCCCCGGGGUUCUCCCCGUUUGAAUUAUUAUAUGGGCGUAAGCCGCGCGGCAUCUUAGAUGUACUGUGGGAAAAUUGGGAGGAGGGACCUUCACAGAGCAAAAAUGAAAUUCAGUACGUUAUGGACCUGCGCGCAAAACUCCACACGUUCACCCACCUAACUCAGGAGAAUUUGCGGCAGGCCCAGGAACGGCAAGCCCGCCUGUACAACAAGGGCACGCGCCUUAGAGAGUUCACUUCGGGAGAUAAGGUACUCGUCCUGUUGCCCACGUCGAGCUCCAAAUUAAUCGCCAAGUGGCAAGGACCCUUUGAGGUCACAUGGCGAGUCGGGGACGUCGACUAUGAGGUUAGGCGAACGGACAGGGAGGGGGCACUACAGAUCUACCACUUCAAUCUGCUGAAACUCUGGGACGAGGAGGUCCCCGUGGCGUUGGUGUCGGUAGUUCCGGAGAAGGCGGAGCUGGGGCCGGAGGUUCAAAAAGGGACAUUGGCAUCACGUACCUCUCCGGUCCCUUGUGGAGACCACCUCUCCCGGACCCAACUCACGGAGGUCGCCCAGUUGCAGGCCGAGUUUUCGGAUGUGUUCUCGCCCCUGCCCGGUCGCACUAACCUCAUAGAACACCACAUAUGCCGCUUUUCUACUACAAACGCGGCUGAGUCGGGCUGAGCCGUGCCGUGCUGAGUCGGGCUGAGCGGGGCUAUUGGAGUUGCAUUUCGACUACCACCGCGCUGAACCGUGCUGGCUGGAAGUGGGUGGACACAUUGGGUGGAGUUAGCGAAAGUGGGUGGACGUCAUGUGAUGUCGUUAAGCGGCGCAAACAGUGACAUCAGUGAUCUUUUAAGCGGUAGUCUCACGACCCGGAUAGUAAACAAUAAACAUGGAGGACAUGGAGUCGUUAGUGUUGCUGGUCUUGGUGCUAUGGCUUGUUGUCACCGACAACGCCAACAGAUACUGGCAAGAGCGUAUAGAUGAGGCGAGGCGCAUAAGGCUCCAGAAAUUCUCGUAAUUCUUCUUCUUCUUCUUCCGGGUUUACGGUGUUGACAGAUCCCAGCGUGCUCACGGGGCGUGUGUGGGCAUGUGAGGACACUCCUCACCAAUCAGUGCACAGGGGAGUGUCUGCUCACGCCUCCAGCCUCACUCAGCUCGGUUUGGCUCACUUCAGCCCCACUCCAAAACCGUGCGAGUUUUGGGUGCUAAGCAGGGCUGAAGCGAGCUGAGUCGUGCUGUUUUGAGAUAGUCGAAACGCGAGCCGUGUCGGGCUAAAGUGAGCUGAAGCGAGCUGAAGUGAGCUGAAAAAGGGUAGUGGAAAAGGGCCAAUAGAGACGCCCCCGGGGGUGGUAGUGUGUAGCCGCCCUUAUAGACUACCCGAACACAAAAAAAAGGUGGUUCGGGAAGAACUUCAGGCCAUGCUCGAAAUGGGCAUCGUCGAGGAGUCCCACAGUGACUGGAGCAGCCCGGUGGUCUUGGUUCCCAAGGCCAACGGCUCGGUCCGAUUCUGUGUGGACUAUAGAAAAGUCAACGCGGUGUCUAAAUUCGACGCGUACCCAAUGCCUCGUAUUGAUGAGCUGCUUGAUCGACUAGGCACGGCUCGCUUUUACUCGACACUGGAUUUAACGAAGGGAUAUUGGCAGAUCCCCUUGACUCCAUUAUCCCGGGAGAAAACGGCCUUUUCCACACCGUUCGGCUUACACCAGUUCGUCACACUUCCGUUUGGGCUGUUUAGGGCGCCCGCUACGUUUCAGCGGCUGAUGGACAGGGUCCUCCGGCCCCACGCCACCUAUGCGGCCGCUUAUCUAGACGAUAUUGUCAUUUAUAGUAAUGACUGGCAGCGGCACCUGCAACACCUGAGGGCCGUCCUUAGGUCGCUGAGGCGGGCGGGACUCACUGCCAACCCAAAGAAG